GCCUUCUAGAAGGUAGGCAAGUGGGCAAGUGGUCAAGUGGUGAGGCAAGUGGUGGACUAAACCGCAGUGCAACAGCAGUACAACGUCGGUAGGAUAGCGGCACCAGGAAGGAUCUUGUCAGGGAGACUCAAGGGCCAUGGAUUUUUUACGGGGAGAGAGAGAGAGAAGGCGGCUAUUUGAAAGGCUGCUGUGGAGGUGGCAUGUUUGCCAUGGACUGCCCAUGUGGGUGGAUCUGCUGGGGUAAUGUAUGUUGUCAUUCUCUAGAGUUUAAGGCGAUGCCAUUGCGGGACAGACAAUGCUAAUCUGGGAGAAGGACCCUGCUGGCUGUGAAGGCCUUGACGCGGGUUCCUAAACCGAGUCUGCUUUCGGGGUCCUUUUCUGGUUCAUCUACGAUGGUGAACUCUAGAGAAUCCUCCCCUGAUUGGCUACAUGAUUUCCAGGCACCAGCUCCCGCAGCUGCAAACAUCUCGUCAUCAACAUCCGACUCAUAUGGUGUGCCCUCUUGGAGUGCAGGGGGAACCGAUCAGCAAAAGCCAGGAGAGAUCAACAGGGAAGGCAUUAGCAGUGACGAUGAGCCACUCAGCAAGUUCAAGCAUUACCCAUCCUCGGAAGACGAUGAUGAGGACGCAAGUGGACAGGGGAGGGAUCUUCUCUCAAGCAAAGCAAAGGUUAAAGCUACGGCUAAGAAAAGGACAAGUUCAACUGGACUUGACAGUGAUGAGGAUGAAGACGAGUCACCUAAGGAAAAUGCAAAGAGAGGGAGAGGUGAAGAUGUGUCCAAUGGUCAGGGCAAAGAUGGCAGCAUUGCUAAAAAGAAGAAACUUGAAGGAAGUGGGAGAGGGAGAGGAGAAGGUGGGGGAAGAGGAAGAGGGGCAAGCCGUGGGGCCGCAUUGGGAGCAGAGAAGAAACUCAGUGGGGAGGCAAAAAGGGGGGCAGUUGCCAAGGUAAAUGAGAGGAAGGGCAGAGGGAGAGGGGCAACAGGGCUUGUGACUGGAGUGCAGAAACAGUCAGGUUUGGAUAAGUGGCUAGGCGCUAACUCCGCUGGGGCAACUCCUAUUCAAGACAUCGACGAGGGAAAACCCAACUUGGAUGUGAACAUGGAGUCCAGUGUGAUCUAUGAUGCUGUUGUUAGGAGCGAAUCAAAAAGCGUGGUUUCCGCGAAUGCAAGAAUGGAUCCAAAGGUGGCAGUGAAGAAGAAACCUCCUGCAGUUGUGAAGAAGGGGUUGAAAGAUGGAACAAAGUUGGGGGGUAUAAAGGAAAUAAAGGAACCAGAAAGGGAGAUGCAAACUGAUGUAGGCAGUGAGAGAAAAGAAUCGAAAACGGAAACGAGAAUGGGGGGAAGGGAACUCGGCCAAAACGGUGAGAUGGCGACAGAUGCAGAUGCAAUGAUGGAAGAUGACGGGGAGGAAGAAGACGGAGCCAAGGGGGCAGAUGUCACAGAGGACCUCAAGAAGAAGGGGAAGUUGAAAGUUCUGUCAAGGCUUCCAUUGAUGCUCCCUGAUAAAAUCUCAAGGUUGAAGGUUCUGAUGGAGUGUGACAGUGAUGCUGCUGCUCUUGACCUGAGUGGCGAUGUUGGUGCUGUUGGCCGUUUUUCCAUGCGAGAUGCCGGCGAGGACGGUGAAACCCUCCUCCUGGACAUCAAGGGUACUGUUUAUAAGGCGUUGAUCCUUCCAUCCACAACUUGCUUUGUCGUAAAUGUUGGAGCUACGGAGGCCAAAAUCGAGUCAAUCAUGAACGACUUCAUGCUCCUUCAAGAAGAGAGAAACAUAUUCAAUGCCGAAACAAUGGUGGAAGGAACGCUUGAUGAUGUACUCAAUGGCAGCGACAGUGAGUUGGGCGUGGCUAGGAAGGACCGAGAUGCACCCACCACGCCGGGGAGUGGGAAGGCAGCAAAAGGGGGAAGGCAUGGAGUCAAGCAGAAGGACGAGGAAGAUAACGGCUCAGAGAUGUACAAAUUUAGUGGUGGCGAGAGUGGGGAAGAGUACACUCCCACGUCGAAGAAGGCGAAGGCGGGUGGAGGAAGCAGCGGGAAGGGCCCUGGAAAGGGUGGUAGAGGCGGUGCAAAACAGUCAAAGACAGAGAAGGACACUGUACGUCGUGGUCCAGUGGGAGCUGGACGUGGCAAGGGCGCACGGGCUGCAGCAGGAAAGGCCUCCAGAGUAAAGGGCAAGUCGAAAGGGAGUGGUAAGCCUCGUGGAAAGAGUAGAGGCUCAGGGGGUAAAGGGAAGGAGGGGAAACAGAGAAUAAAGGAAACUUUCAAGGGCUUGGGAGAAGAUGACUAGGUGAGGAAGAGUUCUUGAGCCACAAUAUUAUGCCGGGCCUUCCAGCCCAGACUGGUCACAUUUGUAUGUCUCCUUUAGUUUUGUUUAAUUGCAGUGAACCGUAGAGGGAAGGAGGGAAACCAGAGAAAAAAGGAAACUUUCAACGGCUUGGGAGAAGAGGACUACGCAAGGAAGAGUUCUUCUUCUUGCUAGCGCCUCUUGUGAACCACAAUAUUGUGCCGGGCCUGCCAGCCACGACUGGCGACAUUUGUGUGUCCCCUUUACUUUUGUUAAUGUCAGUCAACCGUAGAGAUUUAGUCAGAGUGGAAGGAGUAGUACUCAGUGCAGCUGAAGUAAGCAGGUGUGUUGUUAGUCUAACUAGGUUUGCUGGCCAGCAAGCCUAGACAGGUUUGUGCUCAGGAAACCAGCACAAACUUCCACAAAGUUAUUUAAGCUACCCUGGACCUUGGAGAAGAUUGUAAUGUUAUUGACUUGAAUGAGACCUCUCCAGUAAGCUCCCGAAGGCCUGAGCAGGGCCCAAGCUGAAGAGGGGGAGGUUACCUACCCGCUUCUGGUGCGGCCGCACCAGUUACGCUUGCCAUUUGAAU